AUGGGGGCUCCUACAAUUGUCCGCGUAUUGAACAAUACCAACUAUGAAUUGACUUACCACAACACCCAAAGUGGCAAGAAGGAAAAGGUCCCUGUAAAAUCGGACCGAUACGAAAACGAGGACUGGGUGCCAGGUUCAGACUAUGCCUCUGAUCCACUCCCUGAUUACACCACUAAUAAGGCUGUCGAGGUCAGCCUCGGAUCAAUGUCACCAAUGAAAUUUUCGAAUGAAGAUGGCAAUUUCAGCAUCGUGUACCCAAAUGAGUACGGGGAAGCAGUUCAGGUGCGGCCAAAGAAUGCCAAGGCCGUGAACGGAAAGGAAUACGUGAUACGAAUCAACGCGGUCAGAGAAACAGAGACUGUAAGCAAGGCGGAGGCGUACAUUUAUGAAUACAACUCGGAUCUGGGCAAGACUGGUUACAUUGUAGCCUCGGUUCUUCAAUCCGCAGCUGUUGUUGUCGCACUUGUUUUGAUGGCUAUCUUCCUCUGA